ACAGCUAGCUUACUGGUGGACUUGUGUAGAUGAUGAGCUGAGCAAAACAUUUCAGACAAUUUUGAGCGUAUCACUUUUUAGCCAUCCAUGUGCAGUUACGAUUGUUGUGUUGUAUAUUGAUGGUUGUCUAUGAGAGACCACUGGCUUUCUGUUAGGUUUUAGUGUUCGCGUUUUCGGGCUUGGCAAUUAUGCUUUGAGAAAAGUUGCCGAGCUAGCUGGCCGAUGUCUCUCGGUUGGCUGGCUAGCUAGCUACUUUUAGCUGUCUUCUCAGAAUUUAACCGUUUUUUAAUAUGAAACGUCUUGCCAUUUCAGUGCGUGUAGUGUAUCAGAGUAUUGAUAACUGUCAGUAGAUCUUGAAACUGCCGUUUCCUGCCAAAUAACCCCAAAACAACUAACAGUUAGGUUAACAUUAGGGUGGAACGCUAUUUUGCUACACUGACCUUUUAAGGUUGAUGCUUUUAAUCCAGUGUCUCUUUUGAGACAGCUGUACGGACAUCAAAUUGAAUGUCAUGGUUUCCAGGAACCAUGUCUUGUAAAUCCAAAGUUGCUCCGAGUGUUGACUUCGACCACAGCUGCUCGGACAGUGUCGAGUACUUGACACUCAACUUUGGUCCAUUUGAAACUGUCCAUCGUUGGAGGAGACUGCCGCCCUGUGAUGAAUUUGUAGGAGCAAGACGGAGCAAACAUACAGUGGUUGCAUACAGGGAUGCCAUCUAUGUGUUCGGUGGCGAUAAUGGGAAGAACAUGUUAAAUGACUUGCUACGUUUUGAUGUGAAGGACUGCUCCUGGUGCAGGGCCUUCACUACUGGAACCCCGCCGGCACCAAGAUACCACCAUUCAGCUGUGGUCUACGGAAGCAGCAUGUUUGUGUUUGGUGGCUAUACUGGGGACAUUUAUUCCAACUCCAAUCUGAAGAACAAAAACGACCUCUUCGAGUACAAAUUUGCAACUGGACAGUGGACGGAAUGGAAGGUGGAAGGCAGACUGGUAGCCAGGUCAGCCCAUGGAGCCACCGUCUAUAAUGACAAGCUGUGGAUCUUCGCCGGAUAUGAUGGCAACGCCAGGUUGAAUGAUAUGUGGACCAUAGGUCUUCAAGACCGAGAGCAGGCUUGCUGGGUUGAGAUUGACCAGAGUGGUGAGAUCCCGCCGUCCUGCUGUAACUUCCCUGUGGCCGUGUGCAGAGACAAGAUGUUUGUCUUCUCGGGACAGAGCGGAGCCAAGAUCACCAACAACCUCUUCCAGUUCGAGUUUAACGGACACAUCUGGACUCGCAUCCCCACGGAGCACCUGCUUCGCGGCUCCCCUCCCCCUCCCCAGAGGCGCUAUGGCCACACCAUGGUGGCCUUCGACCGCCACCUCUACGUCUUCGGGGGCGCGGCGGACAACACGCUGCCCAACGAGCUGCACUGCUACGACGUGGACUCCCAGUCCUGGGAGGUCAUCCACCCCAGCACUGAUAGCGAGGUGUGGGACGCUCAAGGACGCACGCCCGCACACACACACACACACAGAGAAACAGAAACACAGAAACAUGACGUUGACGUGCAUACCUGGGAGGUCGCCCAUCCCAGCACCGAUAGCGAGAUGCCAAGUGGCCGGCUAUUCCACGCCGCAGCAGUCAUCCAUGAUGCCAUGUACAUUUUCGGAGGCACCGUCGACAACAACGUACGCAGCGGGGAGAUGUACAGAUUCCAGUUCUCGUGCUACCCCAAGUGCACGCUUCAUGAAGACUAUGGCAAGCUGUGGGAGAAUCGGCAGUUCUGCGAUGUGGAGUUCAUCCUGGGAGAGAGGGAGGAGAGGGUGCUGGGUCACAUCGCCAUAGUUACCGCCCGAUGCCAAUGGCUGAAGAAAAAGAUCCUGCAAGCACGGGAUCGCCUCAAACAGAAAUGCAAGCAGGAAGUUCCUGAGGAAGGAGACGAGUCGGCGGCGGUGGCGGGGGGAGCAACUGCAUCAGCGGCGCCCCCGGUGGUCUGUAGCCAGAAGUGCAGUCCAUCCAGCAGCACCUCCAGUGCUAGCAGCUGCUGCAGUAGCAGCGCCAGUACCAACACCACGUGUACCAACACCACCACCACCACCACCACCACCACCAUCAGCACCGCCAUAUGCAGCCGGCCCUCCGGCUCCCAGCCCAUGCUGGAGGUCUUCUUCCGGGAGGUGGAGGCCCAGCCCUUUGAGGUGCUCAUGCAGUUCCUCUACACCGACAAGAUCCAAUACCCACGCAGAGGUCAUGUGCAGGACGUGCUGCUGAUCAUGGAUGUGUAUAAGCUGGCGCUGAGCUUCAAGCUGUCUCGUCUGGAGCAGCUGUGCGUACAGUACAUCGAGGCCUCCGUGGACCUGCAGAACGUCCUGAGCGUGUGCGAGAACGCCAACAAGCUGCAGCUGGACCAGCUCAAGGAGCACUGCCUGAACUUUGUGGUGAAGGAGUCCCAUUUCAACCAGGUCAUCAUGACCAAAGAGUUUGAGCACCUGUCCACUCCGCUCAUCGUGGAAAUAGUACGCAGGAAACAGCAACCUCCUCCCAGGAUAUACUCAGACCAGCCCGUGGAUAUAGGCACUUCGCUGGUGCAGGACAUGAAGGCCUAUCUGGAGGGAGCGGGCCGUGAGUUCUGUGACAUCAUCCUCCUGUUGGACGGCCACCCACGCCCUGCACACAAAGCCAUCCUCGCCGCCCGCUCCAGCUACUUCGAGGCCAUGUUCCGCUCCUUCAUGCCGGAGGAUGGGCAGGUCAACAUCUCCAUCGGGGAGAUGGUGCCCAGCAAGCAGGCCUUCGAGUCCAUGCUGAGAUACAUCUACUAUGGAGACGUCAACAUGCCGCCAGAAGACUCACUCUACCUCUUCUCUGCCCCGUACUACUACGGCUUCUCCAACAACCGCCUGCAGGCCUACUGCAAACAGAACCUGGAGAUGAAUGUCACCGUGGAGAACGUACUGCAGAUCCUGGAGGCGGCAGACAAGACGCAGGCGCUGGACAUGAAGAAGCACUGCCUGCACAUCAUCGUGCACCAGUUCAUCAAGGUGUCUAAGCUGCCCAACCUGCGUUCUCUGAGUCAGGUGUUGUUGCUGGACAUUAUCGACUCCCUGGCCGCCCAUAUCUCAGACAAGCAGUGCGCAGAGAUGAGCUCCGACAUAUAGCUCUCUCCCAGGACCAGUGUUGCCAGAUUGGGCAGGUUCUCACCCCAAUUUGGCUGUUUAGGAUGGCCGUCUGCGGGUACAAAAAAGGGCUUUUGGAUGGGGUUUUCUGUAGAUCUAUCAUGGCCAUAGAAAUGAAUAGAAUAUAGUCCAAAUAGUAUGGGAUUUACUGCCUCCGGGUGGUUUCUCAGCAUUUUUUUAGGUUGGAAAUCCUCAGUGACAUCUGGCAACCCUGCCCAGGACUGGCCCACUGCACAUAACCACACACCAACAACAACAACACCCCCCCCCCCCCCCCCAUGACUGUAUAUCUACAUAGGCCCUACUUUAAACUGUCCUGUUAUCCCACCCAUUGGCUAUAUGCAUAGGUUGAGUUGUUGAGUUAAAAAGGGGAAAUUAUUAGGCCACCUGACCAUGCACACAACAUGCAUUAGUAGGACAGUGAGACAGUGGCAGACAUGAAUAGUUAAAGGUACAGGCAUACUGUCAAGCUACAACCCCACCCCCAUCUGUCCCCAUUAGGGUGACCAGAUGUCCCGAAAAAUUCGGAACAGUCCUGAAUUCUAAGCGUUUGUCCCGAAUCCCGAAUCCCCCCCCACCCCCACCCGAAAAAAGUCCAGAAUUUCCAGUCCAGUAACCUCAUCUGGUCACCCUAGUCCCCAUAGACUGACUCUUUAUCUACAUACCGUCUACGUUCCUAUUGCAGCCUAUCCAUCCCGGGACUUGUCAUGUUAGAUGGGUAAACUCUCCAUGCCCCUACCACAGUCAACCCUGUUGUUCCCGUCCAAUGACUUUACUCGAAAUCUAGACAGAGAGCUAUACAGUCUGUGGUCUCACUGCAACACACCACAACACACCCUGCGAUGCUUCCUCUCUGGUCUCCCUCCGCUUCUUCCUAUUUGCUCAUUUUGCUUGUUUAUUUAUUUUAUUUAUUGUUUUGUAUGAACGUUACGUAUGAGCACCAUGGUUUCAAACGGCCUUUUCUGUUGCCACCACCAUCGCCCCCUCCUGUGUGGCCUGGGGGGGCUGUUUGGUUUGGGGCCUUUAGUUUGAGCGUCUCAUUUGGGUUCAUGUGUCGCUGGUGGGAGGUGAGUCAGCCAGGUGUGAGUGUGCGUGCGUGCGUGUGCGUGCGUGCGUGCGUGUGUGUGCGUGCGUGCGUGUGUCUCUGUGUGCGUGUGUGCGUCUCUGUGUGUGUGCGUGCGUGUGUCUCUGUGUGCGUGCGUGCUUGUGUCUCUGUGUGUUUGAGUGCGCGUUUCUGGCCCAGGGCUGCCAUGACUGUGUCAAAUGACUCUGGUACCUUCGUGAAAUACGCACGCACGCGCACACACACGCGCGCACACACCCAGGAAUGGGCGCAGGGGGCAUAAAGGACAGGUGGUCCCGAAAAUGAGCUAAAGGAAUCUGUGGUCUAGCUUUUGGAAUAAUGUUUUUUUCAUCAUGUACUCAUUUGGCAUCUCCUCCUUUGUUUUUGUUUCUGUUUGUUUUUGUUUUUUACAGAUUAUUUUUUAUCAAGCAGAAGAACAGUGAAAUAUGUUGUUAUAAAGGGUUAUUAUGUAAUUCAGUCUAGUCACAGUUCCUGUUGGGUUGUGGUCUAUUCUUGUGAUGAGACGAGAGCUUUUUUUAUACCCGUAGUCGUCAAUAGAAAGUCCUUCGAGAGACUUUUCAUUUGAAUCAUUUGAAGUAUUUGCAUUGUCACUAUGCGUCUUAGUUUGUUGUGUAUUUUAUUUUGUCAGUAAAGCAAAAGAUGACACGAGACUGACUGGAAAGGCAUAAUAGUCCAUUUAGAUGCAUGUAGUUAAUCCUCUACAGUUUGACAGCAACACUAUAGUGCCUUUAGAUUUACACCCUUAAAGGGGUAUGCCACUAUUUUGGGGCUUAAUGCAGUUAAAAUCGUUGGCUGGGGUUUAUAAAGGUGGUAAAGUGUCUUAUUUUUCAUGUUAAGCGUUGUCUUGCUUUAAGACAAGUUAAAAGAGGGAGUAUGUAGCUGAGCUAGUGAAAGUCAAUGGAUCACUGUAGCAUGUAGCAUGCUACACGGAUGCAUUGACUUUCACUAGCUUAGCGACAUGCUAACUGUAUUAAGCCCCAAAAUAGUGGCAUACCCCUUUAAGAGACAGUAAAGGGCAACCUGCACUCAUUAGUUAAUGUACAGUCCAAUGCCACAUAUUCCAAAUGACAAAGUUUUCCCCAAUUCAAUCAGGUUAUCCACUUUAUAAUCCUAAAUUAUGUACAAGGGCGGCGCCAUUACUGUUUUGCUAGCGAUUGCUAGUGCUAAAUUUCUCAAAAGGGCUAUGGGCAGCCUAAGCAGAACCAAAUGACCAGGUUUUACCCAAUUCAACCAGGUUAUCCACUUUUAUAGAGUUACGCACAAGUUACCAUAAUGAUGUAUUGUACAAGGUCGACGCCAUUACUGUUUUGCUAGCAGUUGCUAGUGCUAAAUCGUUCUAAGGGCUAUGGGCAGCCUUAGCGGAACUAGCGGAUUAGGAUUGGAAAUUCUGUGGCAGUAUAACAAAUGUUUAAAUGGGUGGGUAAAUAAAGUGGACUGCGUGGUUGAACGAUCACCUGUUUGAAAGGACCGUUAAACCCAAGUCAUUUGGAAUAUGUGGCACUGGAUUAUGACUAAUGAGUACAGGUUACCCAUCACUGAUUAGUGAAGCAGGAAAGACAAAACAUGUGGUGUAUGGGAAAGCAAUGGUUAAUAUGCUUUAUUUCAGGAAAGCCACCCAAUACUAAUUAACCAGUGGUUAUCGCAUUUACUGUAUAAACUGAGAUACAUUAUAUACCAAGCAUUUAUGGGCUGGCUGAAUUAUGUUACAGCACUAUUUACAACUAGGCCUACCGUAUGAAGUCUUUUGUCUAAUUAUGUCCAGUCUCAGAGUAGCCUAACUGAAGGCUUUGCAAAAACGGAAACAUUUUUCUAACCAUGUAAACAGUGAUGGGUCACCUGGAUUUAGGAGCCAACUCCAGUGCCACAUAUUCCAAAUAACCUGUUUUUACCUGUCCAAAUACCAGAUACCUGGUAGGCGUACAUUACAUUUGGUAAUACCAGGUCUUUUGGAACAUGUGGCCAUGGAUAGUGUCUUCUUAAUCCAGGUUGCCCAUCACUUCAUGUGAAUUUGUGAAUCGUGAAAAAAAUAGUUUAAUGUGUAUAUAUACAGUAUAAUCUAUAAUGUUGGUAAUUUGCGUGCUGAUAAUCCUGUGUACAGCUUUGCUACAGUUUGUCUUAUUUUGUAGUAAAACCCAGUCCAUUAGCCUACCUUAUUCCUAUUACAGAUCUGUGUAUAUGGCUCUGUUUGCUCAAUGCCUUAAUAAAACUUUACUGUCAUCAA